UUUUUCGUAGGUAUCCGGUUCAGUCAAUAGAGUACAAUUCUUUGCUUUUUUCAAGACUUCGUUCUUUGGUCACUAGUACCCCAAAUGCCCCACCAGCCCUGGACCAUGCAACCUCACGCUAGGCCAACCCCAAAAGCGGGAUACUCAGUCACUCAUACAGGUUCAGCGGAGCAAUCCUCAGUCUACUUAACGGGAAAAUCGUUAUGGACUAGUCACCCAGUUUUGCCCUUUGCCAAGGAUGCUGCUCAAGAUAGAUUGUCAUUCACCCCGUAUUCUCAGUAUUCCUGGUUUGAUGAAAGCAAGCCCGAGCUCGGAAAAUGUACUCAGUGUUAUAGAGCCGCCGGUCAAGCUGAGCAAAAUGAGGAAAUAAUUCCCUCACCUUACCAUGACCCGCUUAAAAGAGCUCUUUCCGUCACGAGUUACCAAAGUAACAUCGACUCCACGAGUUUCUUACCGAGUAACCCUCACAUCCCUUCUCCGACUCAAAGCUUCUUUCAAAAUUAUACAUUCACUGAUCCUCAAAACCAAGCGAACCACGCGACUUAUUUCUCGCCGGAACCUCUUGCACCACACGUGAACUGUACCCUGUCCUCUGGGGGCGAAAUACCAACUGAAGAAACCCGGAGACCAGAGAGACAGCGCGUUCAGCCUGGAAUCAUGCCGCUUGUUUCGUCUAUGCUCAAGUAUCCGAUCCUUGAACCUACCAAAAUCCAUACCGUGAACCGAUCAGCUCGUCGCCUGGAAAAGAACUUUCGCUAUGGAUUCGUACAACCUAAGAUGCUCCUAGAUCAACGAGAAUCCAGCCAGGUUGAAUCAAGCGAAUUUUCGAGAGUAAAUUUAUUGGUAGAGCAAGGACAAACGUUGUUCAUGCUUGCCUUCGGGUCGAUGAAAUAUGAUUGUCUUCCUAGGCUCGACGAGCUCAAGCAAUCAUUGCAAGCUGUAGAGACGACAAUCCUGCAAGGCGAUUUCAAGCUAGUGAACGCGAAUCAGUACUCAGAGAUAUGGACUAGAUUAGAGGCCAUCCACGACCAAGCGAUUUCCGUGGGGGAUUCCUUAAUUGACUUCACCAAGCAUCUAUCCAGACUUCAAAAGUGGGUGUGCGCAUGCCUCAUACCAGCCAGUAUUCGAUUUUACUCGAUCAUCCAGGACGUGAAUCGGAACCGGGCUAGCAAACGGAGAGAUAACAAUUCUGGUGAAGAGGAGCCUGGUUCAGCCUUGAUGCUUCUCAAAGAGGUCGUUGAAGACAUCGACACCGCCCAACUCUUCAUCAGCUUCUACCACAGCUGCAUGUCAUCCUUUCUGUUAACUCUUGACGAAUUCCUUCAUGCUAUACCAGAGGCGGGCUUGUCGGUCGAUGAACUCGUGCUUUGGAGUCGGUUGUCCAGCUCCUCAAUGGACGAUGUCUCCAACGGACUGGUUUCGUUUCGAGAUAUAUCCGAAAAAUUUGCAUCCUCGACCGUGACGACCCCGAAUCCGCCGAACUCCAAUUAGUUCUUCCGCCACAGAAGGAAGAUACGAUGAUCGUUUUUUUUUUUGUGUGCCCUCAAAAGAUCUGUGGAUCAGUUC